AUGAUCACUUUUCUUGAAGACUUUGAAAGCGACGAUAUGGCAAACGCUGAAGAAUUGAACGUAAUCCCUACUCAAUUAUUUAUCGCGUCGUUAACAGAAAUGGUGUAUAAACAAGCUGAAACGUUCGCGAUCAACUUGGAAAAUUUUGCAAAUCAUGCGAAUCGAUCCACAAUCUCGAUGGAUGAUGUGAAGCUUUGUAGCCGACGCAAUGAUGAGCUGAAAACGUAUAUUAGUAACUUUGCCAAUUCCAUUCUUGAACAUCGUGCUUUACGACCUUCACGUCAACAAGAUUCACAAAACGUGGAAAACUCUACUGAUUAA